AUGACGCGCAAGCAAGUGGCGAUCGGCGGCACCUUUGCGUGUGACGAAGCACUGGCCGUGCCCCUGCAGUGUCUUCUCCAGAAUGCCGUCGAAGGUGCCGAUGUGGACUUGCAAUGGCUCCGGUAUGGCAGUCUGGCGAAUUUUGACGAGUGGUCGAGUCACGUACUGCGGUCGACACCUCCAGUAAACGUAGUACUCUUACUCGUUCGCCUGAGCGACCUUGCAGCAGACCAUCCUGAGUUGCACGUCGUGCACGAGCGUAGGGACGGCGCCAGGUAUGUUGCUGCAGAAAGCUGUGUCGCGGACGGCCCCAUUUGUCACUUUUUGAGCGAUCUUGAGCGAUACGACGGCAUCGGCGCGACCGCUGCGACGCCCCGGCUGGUUGUGAUACUUUGUCCGUGUCCACCGAACAUCGCAGCUCAGUGCAAUGCCAUGGAGCGAACCGUUCAGAUGCGGGCUGAAGCGAUGCAAAACGUGACCGUGCAGUCGGUCGAGUGGCUCAUGACACUCUUCCAUCAGCAGUACGUGACUGCGUUCUACGACGCCGUCGCUGACAAGCUCCAGCAUUCGCCGUAUACCCAAGCAAUGUUGAACGUGCUAAGUCUGUCGUUGUGUCGACAAAUAUGCCGUCUUUAUCGUUCCGCAAGCCACCAGAAGAAAGUGAUCGUUCUCGAUUGCGACAACACGUUGUGGGGUGGUGCCGUAGCCGAAGUUGGUGCCAGCGGGAUCGUUCUUGCUCCGCGCUUUCUCGCACUCCAGCGAUUCAUUGUCGCGCAGCAGGAACGGGGCAUGCUGAUUGCGCUUUGCAGUAAAAAUAUACCUGCAGACGUGAGGGACGCAUUCACACAGCGUCGCGAUGACAUGAUACUUGACAUGGAUCAACAUGUGAUUGCCGCCAAGGUGAACUGGCAGCCGAAAUCAGAGAAUAUCGCACAGCUCGCCCACGAACUAUCGCUUGGACUGGACUCGUUUAUUUUCAUCGACGACAAUCCUCUCGAGUGCCAUGAAGUCGCGGCGGCACUGCCCUCCGUUACUGUCAUUCCACUAGGAGCAAACUUUCCGGAAAAAGUGCUGGACGGAGAAUGGGUCUUCGACGAAGGCUUGGGCGCAAGUGCAUACAAAUUAGGGGCAAGCAUUCUCACGAAAGAAGACAGCCAGAGAACACAGCUUUACCAACAGAAUCUGAAGCGUGAUCAGCUGUGCAAAUCGUCGUCAACGCACAGGGCGUUUUUGAGUGCUCUUGGCGUGAAGAUAGUUUUCGAAGACCUUGGUCAGGAAAGUGAGCUCCAGGGACGGAGUGCUUCAUUUUCUAGAGUCCUGCAGCUGCAUCACCGUACGAACCAGUUUUGUACGGCGACAACGUUUGCGAAGCGUCUGGAGGAAAAAGAGCUGCUGGACUACAUUGCUCUCACGAACCAUACAGUCGUCUGCGCCCAUGUGACAGACCGGUUUGGUCACUACGGCCUAGUCAGCGUUGCUCUUUGUCACCAUGCCCGCGACAGCGAUGUGUUGCAUGUAGACAGCUUUUUGCUCAGCUGUCGUGCACUGAACCGCGGUGUCGAGCAUGCUAUGAUGCGAAAGCUGAGCGAAAUUGCUGCACGAAGAGGUUGUGCGUCGCUCGAGUUUAGUUGGGAACCAACGGAGCGGAACAAGCCGGCGCAUGCAUUUUUCUCGGCGUUGGCCGAUGUGAGAUUUGCAGACACGAGCGGUCAGCUUUGUCAGACAAGUCGUAGCUGCUGUUCGACUGGCACCUGGGUAAUCGCACGUGAUAAAGCAAGCGGCGUGUCGUUCCUCAAGUCGGAAGUCAGCUCUCGUCACGGUAGCAUGACGGCAAAUGGAGUGACGGAUGGAUCUCCUCGCGUUCGACUUGUCCAAUGGCUCCAGGAUCUCGGACUUUUAGUUCUCGGGUGGAUACUGUCUUCUAUUCCGAUGCCGCGGAGCUUGGCACAUUUAUUCGGGUUGCCCUAUGUCCGACGGCUCGAUUAUGUCAGGCCUGUUGGUGCAUUGCGCGUGCCUCUCCGCGAUCGUGGCAGUUUGGAGCAAUUCCUGCAUCCUGUUCUGCACGACAUUGCAACCGUGCACAGUUUCGUGGGCUUUGAUGGCGGCAGCGUUGACACGAAUCCUGACAAGUUUCGAAGGAAAGCACGCCACCAAACGAAGUUGGUACUGGCGAAGCACACUCCGGAAGAGGCGCCGCGCGUGAUCUGGUCUGCUAAUCAACCACAUGCUGCUGCUAGUGACGAUCCCAGCAUUGAUGAUGUAGCCGGAUCGGCCGUGAGCCUCCAACUGAUUUGCAAGUCCCCGCAGUGCUCGACGAUCGUCCAACGGGACAGUCGAUGUGCUUUACAGCGGUGCCGCAAUUGCUGCUACCGUAUCCAGCGGCUUGUGGCGCGCUCCAUGCACCACAAAAAUGCACGCGCUCGAGAUUCGGCUGUUGGCGCACUCCAGACAGAACUCGUUGACGAUGUCUCUCUGGCCCCCACGACGACGUCAUGUAAAGCGCACCAAAACAAGCGACGGCGUGGAACGAUAACGAGGCGCAUAGAAUCGAAAUAG